ACAAGACCGGGAGGGCUGUGGUCACUUGAUCUGGCAGGACAGCAGGCGAGUGGGUGGUGGGCAGUUGAGCCGCGUGGCGCUCUCUCCCGUCUGGUUCCUCUACAGCCUCUUCAUGAAGCUGUUUGCGCGCUCUACACCGGCCAUCACCCUCGAGAACCCUGACGUCAAGUACCCGCUGCGGCUCAUCGACAAGGAGAUUAUCAGUCACGACACUCGGCGUUUCCGCUUCGCCCUGCCUUCGCCCCAGCACAUCCUGGGCCUUCCCAUUGGCCAGCACAUCUACCUCUCGAGUAGGAUCGAUGGGAACUUGGUCAUUCGGCCCUACACCCCCGUCUCCAGCGAUGAUGACAAGGGCUUCGUGGACUUGGUGGUCAAGGUUUACUUCAAGGACACCCAUCCCAAGUUUCCCGCCGGAGGGAAGAUGUCUCAGUACCUGGAAAACAUGAAUAUUGGCGACACCAUUGAAUUCCGGGGCCCCAACGGGCUGCUGGUCUACCAGGGCAAAGGGAAGUUUGCCAUCCGUGCAGACAAGAAGUCCAACCCUGUUGUCAGGACGGUGAAGUCUGUAGGCAUGAUUGCAGGAGGCACAGGCAUCACCCCAAUGCUGCAAGUGAUCCGCGCCGUCAUGAAGGACCCAAACGACCACACCGUGUGCUACCUGCUCUUUGCCAACCAGUCUGAGAAAGACAUCCUGCUGCGGCCUGAGCUGGAGGAACUAAGGAACGAACAUUCCGCUCGCUUCAAGCUCUGGUAUACAGUGGACAAAGCCCCGGACGACUGGAACUACAGCCAGGGCUUCGUGAAUGAGGAGAUGAUCAGGGACCACCUUCCACCGCCUGGGGAGGAGCCGCUGAUACUGAUGUGUGGACCUCCACCCAUGAUCCAGUUUGCCUGUUUGCCAAACCUGGAGCGAGUGGGCCACCCCAAGGAGCGAUGCUUCACCUUCUGAUGGCCGGACGCCGGCCACUCCCGUGCCUGCUGCUCAUGUAUUCACCACAGCCACCUGUCCGCCCUUUCCUUCCCCACUGUCCCUCACCCUAACAUCAGCUCACAUCCAUACUGGGGCCUGGGUUCAGCCUGGCCUGCCCGGCCCUGGUCAUCCAGCUGUACUGGCCCCUGAGGGGCCUCUUUGGGAUCAGGACUUUGUAUCAGGUGACCCCUGUUGACCACUUUCUGCAUAAGCUCCUGUUUGGCAGUAACUAGCCAUUAUCAGAGAUGUCCCAUGAGCACCCCCUUACACACACACACACACACACACACACACACACAGAGAGAGAGAGAGAGGGGGGGGGGAGAGGAAAGAAGAGAGAGAGAGAGAGCGAGAGAGAGAGAGAAAGGAGAGAGAGAGAGAGAGAAGAGAGCGCGCUAGCUGUCAGUACCACGUCUACCCAUUGCCGUGGACCACAGUCUAUAGAAAGGAAGAUGGAAGGGUAACAGCCCCAGCCCCAGAACCCAUGCCUACCAUCCAACCACCUGCCUUAGGCCAUGACCUGGCCUGUGCCCCUCACACUACAUUAGACGGUGAUGCCCAGAGGUUCUCUCAGGAGGGUGUCUGGCAGUGACAGGCUACCCCCCACUGCUGGCCAAGCGUUCCUGGGGCAGCACAUGGACACUUCCAGAACCUCACGGCCUCCCCUCUGCAGCCUUGGGUGCCCUGAGUCGUCAGCCCAACAGAGUGGGGUGGACCUUGGGAUCCACCAGAGCUCUGGCUUGUCUCUCCACCCUAAACCUCCCUCCCGCCUGGUCCCCAGCCUGGGGGAGGGUGUCUGAGCAGUGCCUCUUGCCUCGGGGACACACCCGUUGCCUGGUGCGGCCUCCAGCAGGUGGUAUCAGCUCCUGCACACCGGCUUUUUUAGUCAUUUAUGGGCAAAAAAGAGUUGAAGUAAAACUUUGCUAAUACUGA